UAGAUAAGAGGCUUUAAAUCAAGUCAAUUGAAAGCAACAGUUGUCGUACAUUAAAUACAAAGUUUACUCUUUGGUCCGGUUGUUGUUGCCACAUAAAUGCGUAUUGGAAAAGAGUAAAAUGCCGAUAAUUAAGCCAGGCAUGCUGUGAAGAGUUUUGUGUUGUUUAAUGUGUGGCUGCAUUUUGUCCUGCGUUUGCAAAAGAAGGUUGCGCAAACUAAUAUGGGGAAAGAAAUCGACCAAACGGUGAAAAGCGAUUCCAAAACAAGUCGGCAGCGAAGAGUGCGAGAAUUGCCCACGAAAAAGUUCCAAGUUCGCGACUCCCUCUUAACCAUUCUGUGCGAAAAUCCGCACAUCAAAGUGGUAAAACACAUUUUUGCCGCUUUUCUAAUCGGCCUGUUUCUGAACACCGUGCUGCAAGACUUUUUCGACCAUGGCGAGUUUCGAGUGGGAUUUAAAGUGAUCAAAGCUGGACUCGGAAAGUUUCAUUGGGCGCUCGCUGUCUGGAUCGCCCUCAACAUUGCUGCCGUUCUUUCAUACUUGUGCUUCAACCUGUGGGCAACCAUCCGCUCAAAUUUCCCUCCCAAAGCUCAGAACGUUCAGGUGUGGGACAGCUGCUGGUUACUGGCUUUGCUGGCUUACUACGUUCUCCAGUUCCGAGUCAUCUCAAUAGUGGUACCGUUUUUGAAGCUGCCGAUUGGUUCAGCCGCCAUCAUCUGUCUGGAACAGACGAGAUUUUUGAUGAAGAUCCACGCAUUUGUGCGAGGAAAUGCCGGAAAAGUCCUCAACUACAAACCCCACUCCGAUCAAACACUGUCGCUGGCCAGCCUGCGUGAUUUUAUGUAUUUUCUGUACGCCCCAACGCUGGUCUACUGCGAUCAGUAUCCCAGAAGAGACGCAAUCAGAUGGGGAUUCGUGGGGACAAAAGUAGUGGACUUCAUCGGCGUAAUUUUCUACUACGCUUUUCUUUUGGAGCGGUUUCUGAUACCCGAACACAAAGACAUUGGAUUGCGCGCAUUCACCCUCCAAGAGCUCAUCUUGAAGGCGGUUAAUAACUUCGCAGUGGGACUGAUGUUCCUUUUGCUGGCCUUUUACGUCGUCCUUGAUACGACUCAGAACCUAGUGGGCGAGUUACUCAAGUUCGGCGAUCGUCAGUUUUAUGAGGAUUGGUGGACGUCCACCAACUACUCAGACUACUUCCGAACAUGGAACAUGGUGGUGGGCGACUGGCUUUACACGUACAUUUACAAGGACAUGUACGAACAUGUCGUGCCGGGCAACAAAACCAUCGCAAAAAUCACCGUUUUCUUGGUAUCCGCUGUCGUCCACGAAUGGGUUCUGACUUACAUGUUUGGGUUCUUUUUCCCCGCCCUUUUCGUUGCCUUCAUCAUUGUGGGCACCGUUCUGAGCUUCAUCAGAAGCCCCAAGCUGGAUAUCGUCAAUAUCCUGUUCUGGUACAUGCUGACUUUGGGCUCAGGGCUCCUAUCCAGCGCCUACGCUAUGGAGUACUUUAUCAGGGUGAACCUGCCCAGUGAAGGUACUUCGUUGAUGGACUUUCUCAUUCCCAGAUUGUUUACCAGUGAUUCUAUAGUGUAUUGAUUUUUUUUGUAAAACUGAAUUCGCCUUUUUUUGAAUUCUGGACAAAGUUGAUCAGGAAAAACGCUCAUCCGCCAUC